AUGCACGUGUUAUAAAUAAAUAGUUUUUCUUUUAUAUAUUUUUUGUAUAUUUUAUAUAAAAUUUAUUAAAAUGGAAGAUGUACCACAAUUACCUGGAUAUUCAUUUCGAGAUUACAAUCUACAAGAUUUUAAGUUAAAUCCAAAAUGUAGCUAUUUAAAUGGUCAUCGGUUUAUCAAAGAUUCUUGGUGUGGUGUUGGAAAACGACCAAUUGAUGUUAUGUCCAGUGCUUAUUCUCCAGAAAAUCCAGAAGCUGUCGACUAUGAUCCUUCAUUGACUUAUGGAAGAUCAAAAGGCUAUCCAAAAAGACAAGUUAUACCUCACUAUGUAUUAUUUGCUCAAAAAUGCUUGAAUUUUAAAGCAUUUUUUCGUCAAAGUGUUUAUAAUUCACCAAGUGAACAUCAUCGUAUUCGCCAUGUUAAUAUAAUAUAUUUUUUGGAAGAUGAUACACUUUGUGUUAUUGAGCCACCAGUUGAUAAUUCUGGUUUUCAACAAGGUAAACUUGUUAGACGUGGUAAAAUUCCUAAAAAUCAGGAUAACGAUGUUUAUCAUUGGAAAGAUUUAAAUGUUGGAAUAAACAUAGAAAUUUAUGGUGUAACUUAUCAUACAGUUGAUUGUGAUGCAUUUACUAGAGAAUUUUUACUAAGUCAAGGAAUUGAUAUUGGUGAUAAAGAGGAUCCACCACCUGAUGCUUAUACUCAAGAUCGUUUAUCAAAAUUAUCAAUAACAAAAACAAUUAAAAAAAAUACAAAUUCAAAUGCUGAAGAUUCACGUAGAAAAUUUUUAGAAUAUGAUGGAAUGGUAUUGACAUUUAAUUCAACAUGGAAUGAUGAUUAUUAUCAAAUAUUAUAUUUUUUAACUGAUGAUACAAUAUCAAUAAAAGAAUCACCAAUUAUUAAAAAUGGUAAAGAUCCAUGUAAAUUACUUUUAAAAAAAACUAGAGUACCUAAAAAUUGGAAUGAUCUACCUGAUUCAUAUCCAAGAAUUUAUCUUGAAAGAAGUGAUGAAGAAGUUGUUGAAUAUUAUUCACCAUCUGAUUUUAAAAUUGGUGAGACAAUUUUUAUUUUUGGACGACGUUUUUUACUAUUAGAUUGUGAUCAAUUUACAAGAAAAUAUUAUUGUAACAUGUUGGGUCUUGAACAGCCAGAAAAAAUACAAUAUAAUACUGAAAAUAUUAAAAAUGGAAUAUGCCAAGGUAUUGCAACAAAUAAUAAAAAUAAUAUUUGUAAUUUUAAAAAAUCAAGAAAUACAAAUAAAGAAGAUGUCAUAAGAAAAUUAUAUAAUCAUCAAAAAAAAUUAAGAUAUAAAAUUAGCAUGGCUGCAGUACAUCCAGAUGACAUUGAUCGUGAAUUUAUAAUGGAAUAUAGUCUAGGUGAUGGAACAAUAAAAAUAAAUGAAAUUGGAAAAAAAAAUUCUGGUAGAAUUGGUGGAUGUUUUUUAUCAUCAAUGCUUGUACCAAAAAAAAAUAUAAAAAUUGAUAAUUGUGAUGAAGAAAUACCAAUUUAUUAUACACCAAAUGAUUUUUUAAUUGGAUCAAAUAUAAAUAUAUUUAAUCAUCAUUUUUUAAUAAAUGAUGCUGAUGAAUUUGUACAUCAUUAUGUUGAAAAUAAUAAAGAUAAAUUUACACCAGAAUUAGUUAAAAAUAUUCAAGAUUAUUUUACAAAUAAAAAAUAUAAAAUUAUUCAAGAUAAUAAAAAUGAUAAUAAAAUUCAAGAUGAUAAUAAAAUUACUAAAAAUAAUAUUGUUAUUGAGCCAAUUGUUCAUCCAUAUCCACAAGGUAGACUUCCAAAAGGUAAAAUAUGCUCACAAUGUGAUGAUAUUAAUAAUGAACGUCGUAAAAUUACCUGGUCUGAUCAAGUACAAGUUCCAUGCACUCUUACAAGUGGAUGAAUUCAACGAAAAAAAAAUAAUAAUUUCGAUUUCAUCCAAUUUUGUAUUGUAUAAAUAAAAAAUAAACACUUUUUUCUUUCACUUUAUCCCAUUUUAUGUAGACAUUGUUGUAUAUUCAUUCAUAAUAUUAAUAAAAAAAAAAAAAAAAUAGAUUAAAAAAAAAAAAAAGAAUUAGUUAUUUUUUUUUUUUUCUUUUGCUAUCGUAUUCUCUUCCUGCACAAAGUGCAAUUACAUUUUUUUCUUUUUUUUCCUUUUCAUUACACAUGAUAAACAUAAAAAUUUUCUUUACUCACAAUUCGUUAUUAUUAUUAUUAUUAAUUCUGUUUUUUUUUUUUUUUCAUUCAACUGUUACUUUAUUAUUAUUGUUAUUUUAAUUUUUUUUUUAAAUUCAUUUUUGUUAUUAACAGCAACAGGCACUGAGUUUAAAUUGUCCAUUGAAGCAUCAACACCUUUUCUCGAG